AUGGGGGAGCUGAACAUUUUCUUGGGUCUUCAAGUGAAACAGUCCACGAAGGGAACCUGUAUCAGUCAGCAGAAAUACAUCAAGGAGCCUUUGAAGAGGUUCGAUAUGGAAGCAUCAAAAGUGAUCGACACUCUCAUUGCCAUUGCCACUCGACUGGACUUGGAUGAAUCUGGCUCUUCUGUAAAUCAAACAAUGUAUCGAGGUAUUAUUGGAUCCCUCCUCUAUCUCACUGCCAGUAGACCAGAUAUUGUAUUCAGUGUGGGGCUAUGUGCAAGGUUCCAGUCAAACCCCAAGGAAUCUCAUCUAAAGGCUGCCAAAAGAAUUCUGAGAUAUCUUAAGGGAACACAGGACCUGGUUUUGUUUUACCCUUCAGGUGACAAUUUUAAUCUUGUUGGGUACGCUGAUGCAGGUUAUCUAGUGGACAAGAAAAGCAUAUCCAGAAUGGCUCACUUCCUAGGAUCCUGUCUGAUUUCAUGGGGCACAAGGAAGCAAAACUCUGUAGCUCUCUCAACAGCUGAAGCAAAAUAUGUUGUUGUAGCUUCUUGUUAUGCCCAGCUCUUGUGGAUCAAACAAUAA